GCACUCCCGCCUGACAUGGCCAAGUCCAUGAGUCUGCUGUGGGGUCCUUCAAACAUGGAGACAACAUAGUGAACGACUCCUACGCCAUCUGCUUUUACCUGGAGAGUCAGUUUCAGAACCAGGGGAACUGUCUGAUCCCAGACGCUGCAGAGGAGCGAGCCCGCAUGUACCAGCGCAUGUUUGAGGGACAAACUUUCUAUGAAAAGCUCAAUAACGUCAUCUACUAUGACUUCUUCAUUCCUGAGGAGGAGCGGCACGACUCCGCUCUGAGCAGAAACAAGGAGGCCCUGAAGACUGAGCUCAGCCUGUGGGAGGGUUACCUGCAGAAGCAGAGUCCCGGCUCUUUCCUGGCUGGAAGCUCCUUCUCUCUGGCAGACGUGGUGGUUUUUCCCACGGUGGCUUAUCUUUUCCGCUUUGGGCUGUCUGCGGGGCGGUACCCCAAACUGGGCGAGUACUACGCCCUCCUGAAGGACAGGCCCAGCAUCAGAGCCAGCUGGCCUCCUCACUGGCUGGAGAACCCUAAAGGACACGAGGCUCUGAAGGAUUUCUGAAGGAGCCACAGACGCCUCCUCCUGAGCGUUCGCUCUCCGUCCUGCUGCGACUGCAGGAUGGAGAGUUAGUUCUAAGUGUUAGUUCAGCUUUUAUUGUUGAAUGUUGAUGCUAAAUGCAGCAGCUUUCUGGAUUAACAAUCUCCUGCAGGUUAGUUUCUCUUUAAGAAAUGGACUUCCAGAGCUGAAAAACUGCAGAUUUGAUUUUUCCUAUAAAAAAGACAUGAUGACCCUGAACGGUUAAACUUUAUUGCUCUAAUGAAAAUAAAACAGCAGCAGAAGAUGAAAGCCUCAUUCACUCCUGAUGGUGGUCAAAGUUUGAUAUGGAGAUAAGAGCAGUUUGGACUGAUCAAAGUCGGCGUGCUGUUUGGCGGUCUUCUGCCUAUUUGAUGAGA